AGCUAUUCCACUGUCCUAGCAGACGACAAUCCAACUCGCUACCGACUGAGCUAUUCCACUGUCCUAGCAGACGCCAAUCCAACUCUCUACCGACUGAGGUAUUCCACUGUCCUAGCAGACGCCAAUCCAACUCUCUACCGACUGAGGUAUUCCACUGUCCUAGCAGACCACAAUCUAACUCGCUACCAACUGAGCUAUUCCACUGUCCUAGCAGACUACAAUCCAACUCGCUACCAACUGAGCUAUUCCACUGUUCUAGCAGACUACAAUCUUACUCGCUACCGACUGAGCUAUUCUUCCACUCUAUUCUUCCACUGUCCUAGCAGACGACAAUCUAACUCUCUACCAACUGAGCUAUUCCACUGUCCUAGAAGACGACAAUCCAACUCGCUACUGACUGAGCUAUUCCACUGUCCUAGCAGACGGCAAUCCAACUUGCUACCAACUGAGCUAUUCCACUGUCCUAGAAGACGGCAAUGCAACUCGCUACCGACUGAGGUAUUCCACUGUCCUAGCAGACAGCAAUCCAACUUGCUACCAACUGAGCUAUUCCACUGUCCUAGCAGACAGCAAUCCAACUUGCUACCGACUGAGGUAUUCCACUGUCCUAGAAGACGGCAAUCCAACUUGCUACCAACUGAGCUAUUCCACUGUCCUAGAAGACGACAAUGCAACUCGCUACCG